GAAGAAGAAGCGGCUGCAAAUCACAACAUGACGUUUAAGCGAAGGAAUGGUGGUCGUAACAAACAUGGCCUUGGUCAUGUUAACUUCAUCCGUUGUUCAAACUGUGGAAAGUGUUGCCCUAAGGAUAAGGCAAUCAAGAGAUUUUUGGUGAGGAACAUCGUUGAACAAGCUGAUGUUAGAGAUGUUCAGGAAGCUUGUGUCUAUGAUGGAUACACUUUGCCUAAAUUGUACGCCAAGAUGCUUUACUGUGUGUCCUGUGCUAGUAUGAUAGUAUCUGUGUCUGUGUUUCUUUAA